UCCUUCCCGCUGCCCCUAGUUUGGCUCCAGUACAAACUUGCUAUGCAUGCAUGUUUGUGUUAGUGUGAAGUACACACCUCCCUACAUUCAGCACUUGGAGGUCUACCCUAGAGGUCUCAGCAACAUGAGGAACCUGCAGUAUAUGAGCAGACUACUGUACCGCUCCUUCAGCACUACUGGUAAUAAUUUUGUGAAGAACAAGGUGCCACAAAACCAGAAGAUAUUCCAGGAGGACAAUGGGCUACCUGUUCACAUAAAAGGAGGCACAGUGGAUGUCCUAUUAUAUCGCUUUACCAUGGGCAUCACAGUUGCAGGAACAGGAUUAUCAUUGUACUGGCUUCUAAUUGCUUCACUGCCAAAAAAGAAUUAAUCAGGAUGCCACUGUCACUACCAGACAGGAUGUGACUGUCCAUACCAGACAGGCACCAUGUUAUGCUGCUGACAAAAAAGUAUGUUUUAAACUUCAUGUAUACUAUAAAAAUAAAAUUGUAUGUUUCA